AUGAAAAACAAGAAUGUUUUACAUAUCGACAAAAAGGAGAAAUAUAAUGAACCCAAAGAAAAUAUAAAGAAAAAAAAAGAAGUGAUCAAAAAAAAUGAAGUUCCCAAAAAAAAUGAAAUAAAUAAAAAAAAAUUAGAUAUAGACAUUAAAAAUAGGAUAGAUUCUGAUUACAAAAAUAAACGCGACAAAGAGGGGUUUGAAAAUAAAUCUGUAUCAAAUGAAAUUAAAUACAAAACAACGGAUACCGAUAAAAAAAACCAGCAGUUAAAAAAUUCAAUUUUAUUCGAUGUACAUAUAACAAAUAAGGACGUAGAAACAAAAGGAGAUAUAAAAAUAAGUCAAACCGAUGUAAACUCGUUUAUUAGAAUAUUUUUUCAAAUUUUUUUAUUUAGUGCAGUCAAUUUAAAGAUAAAUAAAGAUGUAAAACAUAUGUUGGAAAUCAACCUAUCCAAAGAACUUAGUGAUAUUAUAUUUAGUAAAUCUUCAUCAGUUUUAAUAAAUAAAAGCUAUUUCUUUACUCUUCUACAAAAGUUUUUUAAAUCCGAAGAAUAUCUUUCUAUAAAAAACUCUCUCACAGAUUACACAUUUGAUGAUAUUUUAAUGAUGCAAAAUGAUGAGAAAAAUACAUAUUCAAUUAUUUUCGACACAAACACCUAUUCCUACUUAUUAGAGAAGUAUCAAAAUACAACUGACACAUUUGAUAUAAAUAAAGAAACAGAUUAUAACAGAAACAGCAGUUUUGAAGACACAGAAAAACUGAAUUGUAUUUUUAUAAAACCAAAAAAAUAUAUUUCAUCAAAUGAAGAAGAAAUAAGAAAAGAGAUAAAUAAUACACAUACUAUUCAAAACAGGAAAAAAUUCAAAAAAAUUAUAUAUAUCAAAAGAGACAAAAUAAAAAACAGUCAACAUGAAUUUGUAGAAUGUGAUAAAUAUACAUCAAUUAAAAGUAAUAUGACGAUAAGAAAUGUGGUACAAGAAAAAACUCUAGAUUUUUAUUCAACAAAUUCCAUUGUACUUCAUGAUAAAAAUACACAAACAUAUAAAGCCGUUUUCAAAAACUUAGGUAUACAAUAUAAUAUUGAAUUUUUAAAUAAAACCAAAGAAGAUAUAUUGAAAUCAAUUAAUUUAGAAAAAUUUCUUCAUAAAGUUUUUCCUAUUAUUGAAAAAUCCAUAAUAGAAAAUAUCAUCAUACUACAAAAAGAACAAGAACAGAAUUUACAAAGUAGUGAUAUUUUAUCUUUUAAGAAUAUUAAAUAUUUAAAUAAAAUAUUUAUAUAUACAGAUGUUAAAUAUACUACAGACAAAGUUGUUUUAUUCACUUUAUAUCUAUCUUUAAUAAAUUAUUUGAUAUUCAUUAUUUAUAUAAAUAAUAAUAAAAAUGACAACUUUAUUGAAGGUGUUAAUACAGAUAGCUAUAUUCUAAUAUGGUCAUAUAAUAAUUAUAUAAAUCCUUUAUAUGCUUUAGUAUCACCAUAUCAAAUCUCAAGUGCCAUUGUAAAUGAAAAUGAUUACAAUUUAGUUAUUGCAGGAUGUAGCAAUGGCCUGUUAGUAAUUUGGAAGUUACCACCAAAUUUUAAUGGAAUAUCUGUAUUAAAUUCUAAAAUUAAUGAGAAAACUGUAAACAUAGAACCUUAUUUAUUUAGUAGUAUAGAACAUUCCCAUAAAAGAGAAGUAACAUCUUUAAUUUUUUUAAAUGAUAAAACUCUAAUAUUAAAUGAGAAGAAAAUAUCUAUUAGUAAUCAAAAACAUUGUCAUUUGUUAGUUUCUAUAUCUGUCGAUGGAUCAAUAUUAAUAUGGGAUGCAACUAAUAUUGAAAUAGCAGAAACAAAAAUUAAUAUGAAAAAAAAGGAUAAGGAAUUAGCUGAUGAGUUAUAUGGGUAUAAGCCUAUUUUCAAAAUUAAUAGUACAAGACCAAAUACAGAGUAUUCACUUGGAUAUACAUAUUUUCAUUUUAUGGAACUAAAUGCUAAUGUGUCUUCUUUUUUCGCUUUCUCUGAGGAAGGUGAAUAUAUAGUUGGUAACUUAUAUGGAUGUAUGCAAAAAGAUAAGAACUAUUCUAUUAUCAAUAAGAUAAAUGAUGAUUAUAAAAGUUUUAAAACAUUAGUAUGUGUAAAAAGAAAUACUCUCAUUAAGUAUUUAAUUAUAACCUUGACUGAUACAAAUUUUUACUUAUGGAAAGAAAACGAGGAGCACCCAAUAUUUAUAUCACCCAAAAGCAAUGAAAUAUACUCAUGUUGUGAAUUUAGCCAAACUAAAAUUAGUGUUAUAUUCAUAGGAAAAAUCAAUGGACAUAUAGAAAUAUGGAAUUUAUCAGAGCAGAAAAAUCAUUGUAUAUACUCAUUAACAAUUAGCAGCUACAGUUUAACAUGUGUAAGCAUUUUUCAAAAUAUAGACUUGAAUAUAUUUAAUUCUUAUGUUCAUAAAACAAAAGAGGAAAAGAAGAAUAAGGAUGAUAAUGAUGAUAUAAAUUAUGAUGAUUAUGAUGAUAUUAUAGAUACAAAUGAAUAUUUAAUGAAUAUGUACAAAUAUUCUUACAACAAAAUAAUAAUUGGAGAUUCCAGUGGUUGUGUAUUUGUUUACGAAAUUGAAGACAACUUAUUAAAUUCGUCGAAGGAAGAAAUGGAAGAAUUUUUAUUAUGGAUUGAAAAUCGAAUUUACCUCAACAAGCAAAAACUGAAAAGACAAUUAGAAUUAUGCAAAGAAAAAGAAAACAUGAUGAACAAGGAAGAAAAAAAUACAAACGAAAGAAAGGAACAACUGAAAAAUAAACUUGAUGAAGAAUAUAAAAACUCAUAUGAAAAAUAUAAAACUUAUUUAUUAGGAAAUAAAAUAUAA